ACAUUAGUCGCGCUGAUAUAGAAAUUUCAUCAAGUUUUUAGGUUACGUGAGCUGCUAGGUCACUUAGAGCAUUGUAGAUUGGCAGGGGUUGGAUUUCGUAGAUACAGAUGCAUUCAGAGUGGUUGAAUUGGGGGGAAUUGGUUGGAAGUCAAACCAAUCGAAUUUCCCCUAACCAAUUUGCAACCCAACCUGAAUCCAGCCAACCGCACAGCACCACAUUGGUUGGAGUUCCAACCAAUUGACUCUGGGGGUCAAAGAAUCAAACCCCCCAAAACCGCACACAACCCCAUCCCAACUAGAAAACCCAACCAACUCCCCACUCAGGCCCCACUCACGACCCACUCACCACACCAGAACUGUUAAAGAUUUGGCACACCUCAUACUCCCUCCCGCAACUCACUUUUUUUGAAGCACUAUCUAGGUCGUAGGCUUAGUAGCCCAACAGGGUAGAAAAACGCGGGUAAUACUACCCGCUUUUCAAGGAAACCGGGUCGGGUAUACCCGGACCCGCCAGGCGGGUAUUAAAUUACCCGCCCCCAAAUCCCCGGUCCGGCGGAGAGGCGCCUGGGGCGGGCUGCCGCGACUCUCGAGGGCUUGGUCCGCGCUGUCGCCCAGCCCCAGCAUGCUCUGGCGUAUUCCCCGCAGCUCCCGUCGUCCCAGCAGUACCAGCAGGCGCACCAGCAGCCCACGCGUUUCCCCCCGCCUCAGGCGCCUGCCCAGGUGUUCCCUCCACGUGCUGUGACGUCCCCCCUGCUCCCCGACCGUCAGUACCACGUGCCGCCCCUUCUGUCUGCACCUCCACUGCCAGUCCUCCCCUCUGCCGGUCCCUUCGAUCCUCGUCAGUUGAGCGUGCAGUCCGCGGAGACACUGCCGCCCUGGCAACCAACGCCCCUGGAUGCAUCGGUGGUAGGAUGGCCCCACGGCCAACCGCCGUCGGCGGCACCAGCGUCGUUCGGCGAACGGGCAACGGCGCCCUUUGUCCCCCCUCGUCGCGCGCUGGCGUCGCCGACUGGAGUUGAGGGGGGGGCAGAAGCAGCGGAGAUGGGGGGGGCUGAGUCCACCGUAUCGGCGAGCGUAGACUCGGCUGCAGCUGUAGACAUUGUUGGCGGCGCCGUGUCAGCGCUGAUGCUCCUGGGGGACUACUUGAAGGCCCUGCUUGAAGAGGCUGGAGCGGACCAAGUCGCAUGACGGGCUCCCGUCGUGUGUAGGUCCUUGUUGGUGAAGUGCGCCCUAGCGUGAGCGCUCUGGUAAGCUCGGUGAGGCUCUCCAUGAUGGCCCGCCGAUUGUAGCGCGGGCAGGUUGUAGGUGCUGUAUGUGUGCCCUUGCCGUUGUCCUAGUUGAUAUUGUAUCCUUGUGUACUUGCCUCCCCUCACGCGCGGCCGAAGGCCGCCGACGCGAGCCGCCACCAAGGGUGGGAGAAGAUAGAGAACUGGAAACUAAACAAGGAGAAUGAGC